AUGUCCGAGGAGGUGUUCCAAUUGCAGGAAGCCUUACGGACGAACCAGCUGCAGAUCAAGAAUGCCUUGCAAAGAAGGCGGCACAGUAAGAAGCGCGAAGCUUCUGGUGGCUUGGGCCCUGCUGGACAGAAAGCAACCAUAGCUGUAUACCUGCUGAGCGACCAGAAUCUGGAACUCAGCGUGCGUAUGUUGCAGCACUGGGCUGCAGCUGCGUCGCCAAGCUCCAUGGACCCUGGUCGCAUCGUGGAGGACUUGGUCUUGCAAACACCAAUGGAAACAUUGAGGCAAACCUUUGCACCUGAGACGCAAGAGUGGCGACUGGCAGUGGCCCGGGCUAAGAAGUUUCUAGCUGAAGCUACCGCUCGUGACUGGGUAGCGCAACUGAAUGUUGGUCAUGGCGUGGCACCUUCGGCUACUGAAGUAUAUUGGCAGUAUGAAUCGGUUCUGAAAGGCACUGACCCUGAAGCACGCCUGCCUGCCGCACGAAUGGUGCGCAAGUGGGUUUGUUGCUGGCGUGGCCGCUGGGGCGUUCGCCGCGGCGCCAUCCGACCAAAGUUGCACAUUGAAACGCCCUUGCUACAAGCAAAGGCUCUAGGGAUAGUGGAAGCCUUUUGGCGGCAAGUCUGCUACAUCAGGCGGAAGUUUGCCACUAAAAAGCUGGUGUUUCUCAACUUAGACGAGACAUCCAUUGGCUACAGCUUGAUGCCGCAAGCGGGCUGUGUCACUGCGGAGCAUGGGCGCCAAGUGCCUUUUACUGCGAAGGUGAAGAAGGAGAAUCACAGAGGAUGUUUUACUUAUGUUGCUAUUAUUUGCACAUGUAUAAGCCUACAAGGAAAGUUACCGCACUACUUGCUUGGCAGCCGUGCACGGUUGACAAAGGCUGUGAUGCGCGGCCAAGCCGCAUUGCCGCAGACAAACCUGAAAGUGCUAGCACAGCAAUCGGCGUGGAACUCUUCUCCUUGCAUGGUGCAGAUUCUGGAAGAAGUUGCAGCUGUCAUCAAAAGUGUGUGCAGCGCAGGGACCCAAGGGGUCUUGCUGUUAGAUUGUGCGCCAUGUCAUUUGACGCCAAGUGUCCUGAAGGCAGCUGCAGUGUCUGGCCUACAACUCGCGUUCGUGCCAGCCAGUGCCACGCAUGUGGCUCAACCCUUGGACAUGGCAGCAUUCAGUGGCUUCAAGAAAUGGCUUCAAAAAGAGCAUCGCUCUCUGCGCAGCACUUCUCCUGAUGGCUAUGGCAGCACUGAAGCCGUGCAAGCUUUGAAAGAAGAACGGAAGGUGCUGAAGCUACAGCUGAAAAGGGCCACGGCUUCAAUCAAACAGCAGGAACGGCGGCUGCGAGCUCUCCGUGCCAACAAGGCUGGCGCGCUGACAGUGGCUGAUUUGCAAUACUUGCUGGCUCGAAAGCUGCGCGAGUGUGGUGUCGGCUCUGUUGGAGGGGCCAAGUCUUCCCUGAAGGGGUUGGGUGGCCUUGCUGGAUGCCAACGUGGGCAAAAGAAAAAGUUGCCAGACUGCCUGGUGCACACCUGCGUGAAUCUUGGAGUUCAUGAUGUGACCGGUACGCUCUUGGGCGCUUGUCGCGAGGUGUUCCAAUUGCAGGAAGCCUUACGGACGAACCAGCUGCAGAUCAAGAAUGCCUUGCAAAGAAGGCGGCACAGUAAGAAGCGCGAAGCUUCUGGUGGCUUGGGCCCUGCUGGACAGAAAGACUUGGUCUUGCAAACACCAAUGGAAACAUUGAGGCAAACCUUUGCACCUGAGACGCAAGAGUGGCGACUGGCAGUGGCCCGGGCUAAGAAGUUUCUAGCUGAAGCUACCGCUCGUGACUGGGUAGCGCAACUGAAUGUUGGUCAUGGCGUGGCACCUUCGGCUACUGAAGUAUAUUGGCAGUAUGAAUCGGUUCUGAAAGGCACUGACCCUGAAGCACGCCUGCCUGCCGCACGAAUGGUGCGCAAGUGGGUUUGUUGCUGGCGUGGCCGCUGGGGCGUUCGCCGCGGCGCCAUCCGACCAAAGUUGCACAUUGAAACGCCCUUGCUACAAGCAAAGGUGGAAGCCUUUUGGCGGCAAGUCUGCUACAUCAGGCGGAAGUUUGCCACUAAAAAGCUGGUGUUUCUCAACUUAGACGAGACAUCCAUUGGCUACAGCUUGAUGCCGCAAGCGGGCUGUGUCACUGCGGAGCAUGGGCGCCAAGUGCCUUUUACUGCGAAGGUGAAGAAGGAGAAUCACAGAGGAUGUUUCACUUAUGUUGCUAUUAUUUGCACAUGUACAAGCCUACAAGGAAAGUUACCGCACUACUUGCUUGGCAGCCGUGCACGGUUGACAAAGGCUGUGAUGCGCGGCCAAGCCGCAUUGCCGCAGACAAACCUGAAAGUGCUAGCACAGCAAUCGGCGUGGAACUCUUCUCCUUGCAUGGUGCAGAUUCUGGAAGAAGUUGCAGCUGUCAUCAAAAGUGUGUGCAGCGCAGGGACCCAAGGGGUCUUGCUGUUAGAUUGUGCGCCAUGUCAUUUGACGCCAAGUGUCCUGAAGGCAGCUGCAGUGUCUGGCCUACAACUCGCGUUCGUGCCAGCCAGUGCCACGCAUGUGGCUCAACCCUUGGACAUGGCAGCAUUCAGUGGCUUCAAGAAAUGGCUUCAAAAAGAGCAUCGCUCUCUGCGCAGCACUUCUCCUGAUGGCUUUAAUUAA